AUGGGAAAAGGUGCAGCAAAGCACGGUUUCAAAAGUGGUGUACUACCGAUUACCAGGUCAAUUUUGAAGAAGCCAACUGUCCUUCAAGAGAGUAUAGUUGCUAAAGCUAAAGCACCCAAACCAAAGGGUAUUGAUGGUGUAGGUUAUGCCGAGGGUGUAAAGCAUCCGAAGGGGUCUCAUCGGGAGCCCUCCCCCGUGAAAUUCAUUGACGUGGAGGACUUAAUUGCGAAGACGUCAGCACCACCUUCCAGCAUAAGAUCCGUGGUCUCCCCUCAACAGGAAAAGAAGUUAAGAAUGGCCGAACUUCGUAGGAAGUUUUUGUCCGAAGCCUUCAGGAAUGAGGAGAGCAGAUUGCUCAAACUGGAGCAAACAAUGAAACAAAGAGCACAAGCAUUACAGGAAGAGAAAAGUAACGAGUUAGCAUUACUCAAUGAGAGUAGAUCGUCUGAUCUAACAAUACCAACUCUGGAAAGUAUCAUAAAAGAACCUCUGAUGAGGCAAAGAACGCCAGAGGAGAAAGAAGUCCUUGCCAUGAAGAGAAAAUAUAAUAGGGAAAUGAUUCAGUUUAAGUCGAAUGAAAGAAAACUGGAAAAACUUCUGGAACUGUAUCAUGUUUCCAGUGAAUUCAUCGUCACCGAAGAACAACUUCUGGAAAAGAUUGAUGAGGCCUUCAACAAUGAGGGUUCCGAUGUCCUAAGAACGAAACUAAGUUUGGGCACAUCUAGAAUAAGAGCUAGAAAUGAGAAUAAGUUAGGCGACGCUCUUUUCGGCACCAUUGGAGAUGGUGAGCAUGUCGGUCUUCCUACUGUGAAAGAAUAUCUAAAUGGCGAGAUGAAAAAAUUCGCAGAGGAAGUAGAGUCGAGAAGCAUUGAAGCUCUUAAUCAGCGGAAGGAAAAUAAUGAUAACAUCCUGCAGAUCUAA